AUGACGGUGAUUGCUGUAGCUGGAGGCUCGGGAGGCGUCGGGAGGACUCUUGUCGAGAGGCUAGUGCAAGAGCCUAAAUUUCAAGUCAUCGUCCUAUCUCGAGCGACGUCGAAUGGGCCAUCAUUUCCCGGUGCUCAGACUGUGCAAAUCAAUUACGACGAUAUCUCCUCUAUGGAAAAGACCCUUGAUCACCACAACGUCCACACUAUCAUAUCUGCUAUUGGUCUCAUUUCGGAUGAAACAAGUCAAUCACAAUUGAACUUGAUCGAUGCAGCCGAAAAGUCAACGGCGACAAAGAGAUUCAUCCCGAGUGAAUUCUCAUUCAUCCAAACUCCCGAUCUUCUCUCGAUAGACCCCAGUAGCAAGUACUGGCUUGAUGCAGCCAACCGUCUGAAGGAAAGCUCGCUCAAGUAUACCCGUGUUGUCCCGGGCUUCUUCAUGGACUAUUGGGGCAUGCCACAUGUUCCAACGAAUCUGCUGCCAUACACCUUCGGAAUCAACGUAGCCAAGCAUGAAGCUGCUAUUCCUGGUGACGGGAAUGAUGCUAUUUGCAUGACUUACACAUAUGACAUGGCAAACUACGUGGUCAAAGCUCUUGAUCUUGAUGAGUGGCCUGAGUUUAGUGUGAUUGUCGGAGAUGAAGUCACGUAUAAUCAGCUUUUGAGAAUAGCUGAGGAGACUACGGGGGCCAAGUUUAAGGUAACUUAUGAUACUUUUGAGCAAGUCAACUCGGGGGAUGUUACCAUACCACCGAAUCCCAGUGGCACAGACUACCCAGAAGACGAGAUGAAGGAGAUGACGGCAUUGAUCGAAAGCUCAGCACUGAGGGCCAGGGUAAACCACUCCAACGCAGUAGGUGCGUCCAGUAAUGAGGUUGGAACACCAAGGGUUGAUAUCCGGGUUCCAGCACAAAAGCUCCUCGAUGGUGAAGGUGUUUUGAUGCUGAGAGAUGAUGUCCCAGCAUGUAUCUCCAUCUUGGACUUUGUAAAACAGGUUGCCUAG